ACAAGCAUUCUGUUUUUUUUAAACAGAACUAGGCCACACACAUUUUCUCUCGUUACUUUUUUAGUUGUACUACUUACAAAAUAAACUGCCUUUAAAAACAUUUAUUUCAAUAGGCAAUGAAUUUUGAUGACUUUUAUAUAUGAGUUUUAUUUUUUACUCUCUCUGAAGAAAAGUUUUAAAAAUCUAAAUUUCAAGGUGUCUACUGCAACCAUUGCCUGGGAUGGCAGCAAUACAGCUCAGGAGAGGACACGCCCCAAGGUUAGUGUUUUGACUCUCCGAUCUCGACUCCAAGGCUUGGACUGGUCCGGAAGCCUGUCAUCACUGCAGAAGUGGGCUUCAGAUGGCCCAGAAGCGCGCGCUGGACCCCAACAUCUACCGACGAAACUAAGGGCUUCCAGCCGAGACUGUUGUCAACUUGGCAGUUCACCAAGGGGCGGGGCUGGGAGACGGGAGAGGGAGCUUGGAGAAGCGUCCUGAGUUGCCAUGGAAACGAGGCCCAGUAGCAGUCCUAGCAGCGGACAGGAGCCUCCUGAAACUUGUCCCCAGGGAUUACUGGUGUUUGCUGGCUCUUCAGAAAAGGAUGCCAACUUAGCCAAGCAGUUCUGGAUCGCGGCGUCAAUGUAUCCUCCUAACGAAUCUCAGUUGGUGCUGUCCAGAGGUAGCAGUCAGCGUCUGCCGGUGGCGCGGUGCCCUAAGAGCAGUGGGCUUGGGAAAAAUUACUCGCAGCCUCUUUUUCCUAAGCAAAGCAAGAGUAUAGAUCCUGUUGCUGAAACCCUAAAGAUUCAGGAAUCUAAGGAGAAAGAAAAGUAUCUCCAAAAGGCUAAAACAAGAAAUGAGAUUCUCCAACUCUUAAGAAAACAAAGAGAAGAAAGGAUCUCGGUGAGACUGACAAAAGAACUGGUUUCCCUUCCUUAUAAACCAAAGACCAAAAUACACAAAGCAAAGAAAGUGAUAUCAGAGUCUGACAAAGAAGAACAAGAAGAAGUCAAAGCCUUGGACUAAUUUGAUUGACACAUGGUAGAGGAUGGCUCACUUAGAUCUUCACUUUUGAAACAGCCUGCUCUUACAGCAGGAUCGCUGGGAUCACUUAGUUAAAAUAGACAAAGAAAUAAAAGCUAA